GCAAAUUCAAACAAGACCGUAACUAGUGUUGGUAAUCAAAUUGGACAGUUCAAAUUUGCCUGCGGAGAAACCGAGGAGGCUUUCCACAGCGAAGCGAAGCCAACUCCAGAUCUUUAGCUUCCAUUUCCCCAACUUCCAAGUCAGGUUUCCUUGUUCCCAACCAUUUGAGUGAUGGCUGAGCAAGUCCCAUAUAGUGUCGUUGCGAGUCUUAUAUACGAGUUGGGUUCAUCGACUUUCCGCGAGUUUGUGAGGGUUUUGGGGGUUCAGGAUGAGCUCAAUAAGCUCAAGGAUACGAUUGAAUCCAUAAAAGCUGUGCUUUUGGAUGCUGAGGAGAAGCAAGAGCAGAACCGGGAGGUCAAAAAUUGGGUUGGCAGGCUUAAAAAAGUUCUGCACAAUGCGGAUGAUUUGCUUGAUGAUGUUGUGAUUGAAGAUUUGCGACGCAAAGUGGAUAAUGAUAGAGGAGGAAUAGGGGCAGAGGUAUGCCACUUCUUUUCAUCCUCGAAUUCAAUUGCGUUUCGCCAUAAAAUUGCUCGUAAAAUAGAGAAGAUCCGACAACUGUUUAAGAGUGUUGCAGAAGAUAUGUCUAUUUUGAAAUUUAGUCACAUACCUGCAGUAGUUAAGCAAGAUGAGAGUGUCUGGAGGGAAACGAGUUCUUUUGUGCUACGAUCAGAAAUUUUUGGGAGGGAAGAAAAUAAAAAGGAGAUUGUAAACUUGUUGGAGCGAACAGAUGGUAACAAAAAUGUUUCUUUGAUUGCUAUUGUUGGUAUUGGGGGUUUAGGCAAGACAGCUUUGGCUCAAUUACUGUAUAAUGAUUCUGAAGUGCAGCGAAUCUUUCAAAAGCAAAUAUGGGUGUGUGUUUCCCACGAUUUUCAAGUAAAAACUCUGUUGAAUAAGAUGUUAAAAUCAUUACAGAAUUGCAGUGUUGGUGACCUAGAGUUAGAUCAACUACAGGUUAAGCUUCAAGAAAGUUUAAGUGGCCAAAGAUAUUUGCUUGUGUUGGACGAUGUGUGGAGCGAGAGUCAGCAAAGCUGGAAUUCCUUGAGAACUUAUUUGAUGUGUGGUGCUCCUGGUAGUAAAAUUCUAGUGACCACUCGUAGUCAAAUUGUGGCACAAACAAUGGGUGUAGACAGCCUAUAUUUAUUGGAAGGUUUGUCAAAAGAAGAAUCCUGGACUUUGUUAAAGAAGUUGGCAUUUGGAGAAGAUCUAAAAAGACUGAAACAAAAUCUUGUACCAAUUGGUGAAAAAAUUGCAGAGAAGUGUAGAGGAGUUCCACUAGCAAUCAGAACAAUGGGAGGCCUGUUACAACUAAAAAGUGAAGAAAGUGAGUGGCUGAGCAUAUUAGAUGGUGAUUUUUGGAGGUUGUGUGAAGACAAAGAUAGCAUCAUGCCAGUGCUAAAAUUGAGUUACCAGAACCUGCCACUUGAGCUAAGACAAUGUUUUUCUUAUUGUUCAUUGUAUCCCAAAGAUUGGGAAAUUCAAAAGGAGGAGCUGGUCCAAUUAUGGAUGGCACAGGGUUACCUUGAAUGUUCAACUGAAAAUAAAUGUUUAGAAGAUGUGGGUAAUCAUUUUGUUAAGAUUUUGUUGAUGAAAUCAUUCUUUCAAGAAGCAAAAGUAAACAAACAUGGUGAUGUUUUAUGUUUUAAAAUGCAUGAUUUAGUGCAUGAUCUUGCAGUGGCCCUUGCUGGAAAUGAUUGUUGCUUGCAUAGUGAGGAAAAACAAAGUGUUGGAACACCAAUACAUUUAUCAUUCGAAUCUACUCAAAUUUAUUUAAUAGAUUCAUUGGAUGCAAGCAAGUUGCGGACAUUUCUUUGGCCUACACAGGGGUUGACAGAAUUUCGAUCAAUAAACAACUUGUCUGCUAUUUCCAACUUCAAAUGCUUACGGACUUUAAACUUGUCUUGUUGUUCCCUAAGUCACUUGCCGGAGUCAAUUGGCAAGUUAAAGCAUUUAAGGUAUCUCGACUUGAAAUUCUGCCAAAAGUUAAUCAGUCUUCCCAAAACAAUAACUAAUCUUGUCAGCUUACAGACUCUGAAAUUGCAUGCUUGUGUCAAACUUGAGUUUUCUGUGGAAGCUAUCACGAGGUUAAUUAGUCUGAGACACCUUGACAUACGAUCUUGUAAAGCCUUCAAAUUCAUGAUGCCAGCCGGGUUGGGAAAGUUGUCAUCACUGCAGUAUUUAUCAACGUUUGUUGUAGGGGAUGAUCAGAAGAGAAAUAGAGGCAAAUUGAACGAAUUGAAGGACCUAAAAAACCUGAGAGGCCAUUUGACAAUCAAGAAUCUUGGCUUGGUCGGGGAUGUGGUGUUGGAGACGCAGGAAGUAAAUUUGAACGAAAAGAAAUAUCUUCAGUCCCUGAAGCUGGACUGGGGAGAUAGCAAAAACAACAAUGAUGAUAGUUUGCAGCUAUUAGAAAACCUUGGUCCUCACCAGAAUUUGAAAGAAUUGUCUGUGGCCAGAUAUCCAGGUGUGGGAUUUUCAGGCUGGCUUUCUUCACUCACAAAUAUUGUUGAAGUUUCUGUGUCUGGGUUUCCUAAUUGCGUACAUCUCCCACCACUGGAACGGCUUUCUUCUCUUAAAUCUCUUGCCAUUGAGUAUAUGUCAGCUCUGGAACACAUAUGUUUUGAAUGGUUUGAAGAUAAUUCUCCCACUUCAACAACACUCUUCCCUUCUUUGGAGCGGCUCAGCCUCAUCCUUUGCCCAAAUCUCAGGGGAUGGCAGGGAAUGCCACAGCAGCAAGAUCCUCUGCUGCCUGCAUUUCCUCAUAUUUCUUCUUUAACUAUAAAAAAUUGUCCGAAUUUAACUUGCAUGCCUACUUAUCCUUGUCUGGCUGAGAACCUGCAUUUGGAGUACAGUAGCAUAAAGCCAUUGGUGGACACAUUGAAGAUGAAUACGUCAGCAUCAACAGCAACAGAAGAUGACCCGAAUCUGCCGAUUACUCCUCUUUCCUUACUCAAGCAUUUGAUUAUUUGUGACAUGGACAUGGAGGCUUUACCAGAGGAGUGGAUCUGCAAGCUUUCAUCACUUCGACAUUUUACUGUUGAUUCUUGCCCCAAUUUGGAGUCUCUGCCAGAAGGAAUAGACCAUCUUAUCAAUUUGCAGACACUGGAAAUCACAGCAUGUCCUCUCCUACUUGAAAGGUGCAAGAGAGAAACUGGACCAGAUUGGCCCAAAAUUGCUCACAUCCCAAACAUAAGGGUGGUGCGAUAGCAGGUGCUGAUUGGAGAUCUGAUUCUAGCAUCUGAAGAUAAGUGACCAAAAGCUGCCUACCAGACAGAAGUCAGAAGAUAAUACAAGAGAAAGACACUACUCUUGUUGAACUAUGUAACUGAGUCUGUUGGACCAUUAGUUUUGUUAUGUGGUUCGUUGAGUCUAGGCCCAAUAUGCCCAGUCGUAAAUCUUGGUAAGAUUGUAAGAAUAGAGAUGGGUAUGGCAUGCACAUUCAGAUUCAGAUCGUUAUGAAAUAAUACAGAAUAGAAAUACGUUUGUUAGUACUUCUGUGCUCUCUCGUAUACAUUGAUAAUUCUGCUGUUAUGAAUAAAUUACUUUAUCUGGGGAGCUAGAUUCCAUCUUCUUGAUCA